AAGCGCUGGGCUGGACUCUGGGCAGGACACACCCUUAGGGCUGCAGGAGGGCAGCUUGGGCAGCUGCUCCCGGACCUGCAGGCACUCCUACAAGGAGCUCACAUCUGGAGAACAGUGCCCUCCGCAGAGACUGAGCGUUUCACAAAGAUCUUACCUUGGAGCGAAAGUGAGGAUGCGGGAAAUCGUGCACAUUCAGAUUGGCCAGUGUGGCAACCAGAUAGGAGCCAAGUUCUGGGAGAUGAUCGGCGAGGAACACGGCAUCGACUACAGCGGGAGCGACCGCGGGGCCACCGCCCUGCAGCUGGAGCGAAUCAGCGUGUAUUACAAUGAAGCCUACGGUAAGAAGUACGUGCCCCGAGCAGUGCUGGUGGACCUGGAGCCCGGGACAAUGGACAGCAUCCGAUCCAGCAAAUUAGGAGCCCUCUUCCAACCAGACAGCUUUGUGCACGGUAACUCUGGAGCUGGCAACAACUGGGCAAAGGGCCACUACACGGAGGGGGCCGAGCUGAUAGAGACUGUCAUGGACGUGGUGAGGGCCGAGAGCGAGAACUGCGACUGCCUGCAGGGCUUCCAGAUUGUCCACUCGCUGGGCGGGGGCACGGGCUCGGGCAUGGGCACGCUACUCAUGAGCAAGAUCAGGGAGGAGUACCCGGACCGCAUCCUCAACUCCUUCAGUGUCAUGCCCUCGCCCAAGGUGUCCGACACGGUGGUGGAGCCCUACAACGCCGUGCUGUCCAUCCACCAGCUGAUCGAGAACGCGGACGCCUGCUUCUGCAUCGACAACGAGGCGCUCUACGACAUCUGUUUCCGCACCCUGAAGCUGACCACGCCCACCUACUGCGAUCUCAACCACCUGGUGUCCCUCACCAUGAGUGGCAUCACCACCUCGCUGCGAUUCCCCGGCCAGCUCAACGCAGAUCUGCGCAAGCUGGCCGUGAACAUGGUGCCCUUCCCUCGCCUGCACUUCUUCAUGCCCGGCUUCGCCCCGCUCACAGCCCAGGGCAGCCAGCAGUACCGGGCCCUCACUGUAGCUGAGCUCACCCAGCAGAUGUUCGAUGCCCGCAAUACCAUGGCUGCCUGUGACCCACGCCGUGGCCGCUAUCUGACUGUGGCCUGCAUCUACCGGGGCAAGAUGUCCACCAAAGAGGUGGACCAACAGCUGCUGUCUGUGCAGAUGAGGAACAGCAGCAGCUUUGUAGAGUGGAUCCCGAACAACGUCAAGGUGGCCGUCUGUGACAUCCCACCGCGGGGGCUGAACAUGGCAGCCACCUUCAUAGGCAACAACACAGCCAUCCAAGAGCUCUUCAACAGGGUUUCCGAGCACUUCUCAGCCAUGUUCAAAAGGCGAGCUUUUGUGCACUGGUACACCAGUGAGGGGAUGGACAUAAGUGAAUUCCGGGAAGCUGAAGGUAACAUCCACGACUUGGUGUCCGAGUACCAACAAUUUCAAGACGCCAAAGCCGUUCUGGAGGGAAAUGGAGAGGUCGUGGAGGAGGCUGGGAGGGAAGUGGGAGAAAAGGAGCCUGGGGUGUGAGGGUCCCUCCAGGCUCCCGUCCCUCCUGCAGCGCUUGAAGCCUGCCCUGUGCUGCAGCCCUGCUGGGGGGAUGGGGUGGGAGGGCAUCGGGGUCUCUGCCCAGGUACUGACCACACAGCUUUGAUGUGCACUGCACACCCCACUAAUCUCCCUUUGUAGCAGCACAGUGGAUUUCCCGUGCAAUCCUGCCUGUAUUUCUGAGUACUACCGAGGUGCGGCCUGUGUGAGGGGUUUUCAGGGAGCUGCACAGUUGACAUUCACCUCUAGCAUCAGCUCGACAGGUGACUUCCCGUCAACCUCCUUUUCUUCACACACACUGCCUGGGGGCCUGCAGCCUCCAGAAAAGCCAGGUGCUGCCCAGCACGUGGGAGCUGCAGCCCUGAGGGAAGUGUCCCGCAGGUGACUGUGCAGAUUUGGGGACCACUGGGCACACUAACUGCAAAGGGAAAAGGGAGGAGCGAAAGGCCACAGCCCUCUCCACAGAAAUCCCAGCCAAGAAAUGAACAGCCAGACAAGACGGACAACACGAAAUGGCUCCAAUCCACUGGAAAAUACUCUUUCUGAAUUGACAGUUUUCAGAAUAUUUUCAUUUCUUGUUAGAAUUAGAUUCUGGAAACCCAUUAAUCAUCAUCUUUGGUUUUGCUUUUAAAGGGGAUCUGGAAACAUUCUUAUCAUGUUCCCUUCAAUCCCCUCCCAUCCCCACCUGUGCCCUGGGGCCUCUGUGCUGAGACAGCGAACAGUGCACUCAGGGACCACUCAAAUGCAGGAAAUCAGGCAGCAACGGCCACAGUGUCCUUCUCGGUGAUGGAGGCCAUCAUCUCAUUAGGGCACUUCGACAGUUCAAAUUAAUUUGCACAAGCUGCCAUGAAUGUUUGCAAGAUGACACAGCUUUAACUAUUACAGGAUUUUAAUCUGCUCACAUUACAACAGGACCAGACACACGAGAGGGUAAUCAAAUCAUCCCUAACUUCUUCAUGGUGAUUUACCUAGUUCUGCAGGGCUACUGCCCCUUGCAGCACCAGGGUCUGGAUGGCCGUCUCCAAUGAGCACCUGCUCUGUGGACAGAGUACCGAAGAUACUCUGGCCCUCACUUCAGAACUGCUCCUUAUUUGAAGGCAACUAGGGUCUCAUGUCCUAAUUUGCUUUUGUAAUCAGCAAUACAGUAACAGGUGGACAGAUCAGUUGCUUAUUUUGAAAAAGUUCACUCUUUUCAAAUGCGUUUCAUGAGGAACCAACACAUGCAUAUCAAGAGAGAAUUAGGCCUUGCUGUGGGUCUCACAGAGAAACUUUCUAUUAACCAAGUUAAACAAGCACAAAGUAAUGUUAUAAAUACUUUGUAUCUUAAACAGCACUAGAUUUAGUAAGAAAUUGCAUCUAUAUACUCUUAGUUGCACUAACUUCCCUAGGUGCUAAAAAGACAAGCUGUGGUUAGCUAAGAAUGUAUCCAUAUCUCUGGCACUUUCCUUCUCAAAUUUAAAAAGGCAAUUACACAGAUGCAAAGAUAUGAUUUAAAAUUUCUAAAAAGUUACACUGACUUAUAUUACUGUAAAGACUUUUGUUUGCUCAAUAGUACUCAUUAAAAGUAAAAAGAAAUUCAAUUUUAAA